AUGGCUCGCAUUGUUCCUACUUAUGGCGGCCCGUACGCAGGUGCUGCAUUCUUGAAAAUCUUACAGGAUAUUCUUGCAUUACUGCAACAUCAACUUCUCCAACGGUGCAGCCAACCUCCUCGUUGGUCCGAGCACGCUCGAGGGAUACGUUGUUGCCAUCAUCAUAUUUGUGGCAUCUAUGCUAUGUUUAGUCAAGUCACGUCGAACGUCGUCGAGGCCCUCCAGAAUGCCCUCGUGAAGGUGCAGAAAAGCAGUCUGGACGUCGGUGACGAGUGGAACAGACAAGAUACAUCAGCUGCUCUGGAAGAUAUAAACUUGACGGUACACAAGGGGGAACUCGUGGGUGUACUUGGUAGUGUGGGCAGCGGGAAGAGUAGCUUGUUGUCAGCGAUUAUCGGGGACGUGCGAAAGACAGAGGGUGAGGUGGCUUUGUUCGGCAAUGUAGCUUACGCUGCUCAGACUCCUUGGAUUCUUUCUGCGUUGGUUCAAGGUGAUAUACUUUUUUCACAUGAGUACGAUGAGGCGCUUUAUAACCUUGUUAUCGAAGCUUGUGCUUUGAAGCCCAACUUAGAUUUUCUCCUACAGGGUGAUCUGACGGAGGUCGGUGAAAAGGCCAUUACUCUGCCAUCUAUUCCCACGUUGCCCGACACGUCUUUGAUCAUGGGUCCUCAAGGCUUACUCGCAACCAAAGCGCGCGUUCUUGUCACUAACAGCAUCUCGUAUCUCAAGUAUUUCGAUCAACUUGUUUACCUGCGCCGCGGUAUGAUCUUGGAGAGUGGCUCGUACAGUGAGUUGAUGUCGAAUCCGGAUAGUGAAGUGCGCAAGCUUGUUCACGGCCAUGCCACGAGCGGUUCCAAUUCUGGAACCACCACACCCGGACGGUCCAGCGGCAUGACUACUCCCACUACAAGCGAGGGCCACAUGCAAGCCACCCUUGUUGGAGAACUCGAAUCUGUAUCAGAGAAGGUACCAUCUCGUGACGUCACUUCUCGGAAUCCUGGACUUUUCGCUAUCCGGGCUUAUGACCAACAAGCCGGUUUCAUUGCGAACAAUGCGGCGAGCAUUGUUCGCAACCAGUUGUGCUACCUUCCUAGUACUUCCAUCAACCGAUGGCUUGCAGUAAGAUUGGAGUUUGUUGGAGCAGUGAUUAUCCUCGUCACGGCUGUUUUGGCCGUCUCUGCCGUGGUGACCAGCGACGUUUAUGCUGGGUUGAUCAGUAUAGUUCUGUCAUACGCUUUGAACGCAACAGGUUCACUGAACUGGUUCGUCCGCUCCGCAAGUGAAGUAGAACAGAAUGUCGUUAGCGUCGAGCGUAUCUUCCAUUACGCGAAAGACCUUGAGCCAGAAGCUCCUUAUGAGAUCCCUGAGAAUAAGCCCACCUCUGGGUGGCCUACAGCUGGGGAAGUUGAAUUCCGGGAAUAUUCAGCACGGUAUCGGCCCGGGCUUGAUCUAGUCCUCAAGGAUAUUUCCAUGACCGUAGUCAGUUAUUUCGCCGGGUUUCUCGCAUAUGUAUGCCAACUCGAGAUGCUCCAGAAACCGAAAGAGAACCUUCUUCUUACCCUCUUCCGGAUCAUUGAGCCUGCAUCUGGAGCUAUUUUCAUUGACGACGCAGACAUUACCAAACUUGGCCUGCAUGACUUGCGGUCCGCGAUAUCCAUCGUUCCUCAAAACCCAGAUUCAUUCGAGGGCACGUUGCGAGAGAACGUUGACCCUGUUGGCGAGCACCGGGAUGUUGAUAUACGGACUGCUCUGGAGCACGCCCAUCUGAAGGCAUACGUCGAAUCACCUCCUGGGGCACUAGAUGCUCCAGUCCAGGAGGCCGGAUCGUCGCUUUCAGCAGGUCAGAGACAGCUCUUGCGUUUUGCGAGGGCGCUCUUGCGCAAGACUAAAAUGCUCGUCCUCGAUGAAGCAACAUCUGCAGUCGAUCUAGAUACCGACCGAGCGAUUCAAGAAACUAUUCGAGGUCCAAUCUUCCGCGAUGUGACCAUUCUAACCAUCGCGCAUCGCUUGAACACGAUCAUGGAGUCUGAUGGGAUUCUGGUUCUAGAUGCUGGAAGGAAGCGGCUGGAGAACAAGAGUUCUAUUUUCCGUUCUAUGGCGAUGGAGGCUGGUCUAGUUCACGUCCAGCUUGAUGAUGCAGGAGAGAACGCGCGGGUGUGGAAUAUACCUAUCAUGCACAACAUUUCUUGGGUUUGUUCAGAAAUACAACAUCAUAGCCAUGUAGACAUUGCCACGUUCUUGCUCUGA